UUGACCUCAAGAUUGGGCCGUUAGCCUAAAACAGCAGACGAAUCACCUUCGAACUGCGGACAACCGAUGUUGAAGUUUGUAGCAGACUGACACAGUUUCCAUAGGAAGAAAACUAUUCUAGUAGUUGACUAUCAACAGGAUAGAAGAUGAUUGUAAAUGUGAUGAGGAUGUGCCUGGUGCUUCUGUUUGGAGAAAGAUUAAAAAAGCCAGAACAUCCCUGGAGACAGCCAGAGUGAAAGGACAAUCAAAAUAGAGCAGAAAACCAAAGAUAAUGGGUAGUCAGAUGAAAGAAAAGUUCAGUAACUUUUGAAACAUUAUUUUCUUGGUCAAAAAGUCACGGAAAAGGUUUUAAGAUGUUUCUUUCCUGGAUUUCUUCAAACAUCAGAAAGGCUUAAGAAAUCCACCUGUUACUUAAUGGUUGUGAGCAAGAUGGGGAUUUUAAUAUUAGGUGUUUAAAAGGAAGAACUACCAUGUACACGUUUAUGGACCAGCUUGUUGAUUCUGAGGCUCUAGACUCCAGUGACCAAUGUGGAGAGGAGGCAGCUGAGGCCGAAGGUCAGGAGGAGCCUGUGUGUAAUCUUGUAGACAGUGACUCCCUUGUAGAACUUCUUAAAGCAGGCCUUGAUAAGGUCCUCCUCAUCGACAGCCGUUCCUUUCUGGAGCACAACACCUCACGAAUCCAACAGUCGGUCAAUGUCUGUUGUUCCAAAUUGGUCAAGCGCAGGCUUCAACAGAACAAGGUCCACAUAAAAGAGUUCCUGACUCAAACAUGCCACAUAGACAUAGAAGAGUACAGUGAUGUUAUUGUGUAUGAUCAGUGUACGGAGUUACCUGCCCUUCUCACCAGUGACAACUUUCUCAUCGUCCUUCUCCGAAAGCUCAUGACAUGUUCUUUAUUUAAAAGUGUGGCUUUGUUAAAAGGUGGAUAUUUGGCUUUUCAAGCCAUGCAUCCUAUGUUGUGUGAAAACAAGGCUACAAGCAGCUACAAAUGUGCUCCUCUGACAUCCCUGUCCCAACCAUGCCUGCCUGUCAGCAAUGUGGGACCCACUCGCAUACUAUCCUUCCUGUACCUGGGCUCUCACCGAGAUGCCAUGUCUCAAGACAUCAUACAGAUGAAUGACAUCUCAUACAUACUGAAUGUAAGCACCACCUGUCCUCAGCCCCCUUUCAUACAGGAGGGACACUUCUUCCGCAUUCCAGUCAACGACAAUUAUAGUGCUAAGAUGAUUCCUUUCUUUGAGGAAGCAUUCCAAUUUUUAGACAAAGUGCGAGAGGCUAAUGGCUGUGUGCUUGUUCACUGUUUGGCUGGAAUCUCACGGUCACCAACUCUGGCCAUUGCCUAUGUGAUGAAACAUCUCAACAUGUCUUCUGAUGAUGCUUACAGAUAUGUGAAAGACAAAAGACCAACAAUCUCUCCAAAUUUCAAUUUCUUGGGACAGUUGUUGGAAUUUGAAAAGAACUUUAGAAAUAAUGAAGAAUCAAAGCCCAAAAGAGAUGCAUUUUGCCGACCAAGUGAGGUGCGAAACAUGUCUAUGGCAAUGGAUUUGCGAAGCCCUUCAUCACCUGUGGCUAAACUGAAAAAGCCUUUCUCAUUUGAUGUAAUGGGUUCUUCUAUGACCACCCAGGAAGCAUCUUUACCAUGUUCUGGACCGAAAAGGGAUAGUAAUGACAAUCUGCCUUUGGAUGAAAGUCGGGGAAGUGACCUAAGUUUUGGACUGUCACAGCCAAUCAGAAACAUGAAGAGGUCUUUUUCCCACAACCUUGACCUUAGUCACACUGAAAAAGACUUCAACAUGAGUUACGGUAGUACUGUAAAAAUAAAUACCAUAUGUGACAAAUCGGACCAGACCCAGGAUAGUCCUAAGACAUUCAGUCGUGGCUCUAGUCCUUUCUCUCAGGCUCUUCAUCCCCUUUGUGAAUCUCCUGUAGCCAUGACACCAUCUUCAGAAAUGCCUCCAUUCCCAUUUGGACAAACAAAUGUAAAUUCAUCAAAUAAUGUGUGCUCUGAAUCUCUCAACAAAGAGAACAACACAGAAAUAGAGAGUCAAGUUAUUGCUUCAUCUCCUCGCUCAAAAACAGCUGGCAUGCGGACGUUUAUGUUGCCCUUGUCGCCUGUUACACUGCCAUCUCAGAACUUUGUGUCAUCUGUGAAUGUGUCCAUCACUGAAACAAACAAUAGUGGAAGUAGUAACAAUUCUAAACAUGUUGUGAUAGAACGAAAACGUACAUUAGUUACCUCUCCGUUAUCGGUUUCACCUGGAAGAAAAUUUUCCAAGCCUUUCACAUUACCAUUGUCCCCAGUGCUGUCACCAUCAGUUGAUGGCAUACCAGAACCUACAUCUACCACUGACCCAGUUAAACUGACAAGACCUUGUAAUUUGUCUAUUUCUCAAGAAUCAUCUUCAGAUAGGUCAAGUAUACAAGAUUCAGAACCUGUUUCAAUGGUUCCUGAUUUAGCAAAGACAUUUACAGCGAAUGAAGGAGUGACAAAACUCUCAGUAUGUGAAACACAGGUGUCUUGUGACACUACAUCAGUAAUGUCUCAAAGCUCUAAACGUAGAAUCUCCACCAAAGCAUUCCACUUGUCCUUAUCUCCAAUAACACUCCCUUCUCCUGAUUCUAGCAGCCGCACAUUUAUAGACUCAAAGAAUUCUACUGUCUCUGAUCAGUUGCAGAGAGGCAAAUCACCUUCAAGCCAUACUGGUUUGUCAGUAGAGCAAAAGGAAGGAAUCCCAUUAACUCUGGGAUCAUCUCAUGGAUUGACAAACUUCAGCAGAGUUGAGCGUAUCCACAGAUCUCUUGGUUUGACAUUGAAAUCUCCUGAAUGUGAAACAAUGGAUAUGUCUACUACAUUAAGUGAGAAAUCAACAGAAAACAAGAACUGUGCAAUAUCUUCAACACUGAGACCAGCAGAACUGAACUGCUUUUCAGACAAUAAAUCUUCAUUGUCAGAAACAUUGACAAUGACAGACUUUUCAGGAUUCAGUGGCAGGGAGGUUAAAUCUUCUCCUACUGCUACUAUCACAAAACCUCAGCUUCGACCAACAUUCUCCUUACAGCUUGGUGUGGCACCAGCAGAAUCUCUGAAAUCAGACACAAAAGAGAAGCUUAGUAAAGGUGCAAAGAGUAGCACUAUUUCAUCCUCUAUGACUGCCUCAGGUCCACCGCCAUGUAAUAACAAUGGUAAAAUAUCUCAAGAGCAGACAAAGUCUAAUCAACAGGGUCUGGGGAUGAGUCAGUUGUGUCCAGCUACUUCUCCUCAGACCAUCCAGUCCCCGUCUGCAGCAUUAGCUCGCCUCCAUUUUGAAACUGCAAUUUCAGAGCGUACAGAAACUGUUACAGUGGAAAACAUUUCAGAGGCGAUCAAUUUCCCGUCUACCUCUUUGGACAAAUUGAACUUCACGCCCUGUUUUGCAAAAUCACAUUCAUCAUCACCAUCUUCAUCACCGUUAUCUUCUAUGUCACCGUCGUUGCCAGUAACGACCAGUAUUUCAGUGUCAUCAGCGGGCAGUAGCAAUGCAAUGGACAUAGGGUCUCCUCUCAGUUCUCCCUCAGUAGUCAGCAGCACAAUAUCCUCAUCCACAACUGCUUCUUCAACCUCAAAGGUCAUGCUCAGGUCAAAGGGUAAUAGGGCAAAAAAGUCUCUUGUUCGUCCAGCCAGCAUAGCAUUUUCUACCUACCCUACAUGUGAUCUGGGCUCUGAUUGUCAGGAAUCACCAAGUUCUGGGAGUAACACCUCACAAGAUGAUGCAUCUGAUAUGUAUAUGGUACAAAAUGGAAAGAGAUCCAAGCCUUCUGUGGACUCAGACUGUGCAACCCGCAGUCAUUAUGGACGUUACUCUGAACGUGAUGUAUAUAAACAGAUCACAGCAGCGAUGGAAAGUGCCAUGUUUAGGACACAAGUGUAUGAGGCAAGCAGAAAAACACGUAGCAUGGAUGACAUUCUUAAUGGAGAUCAGGACCUUACAGAAUCUGACUGUAUUUGUACACCAUUCGGAAAGAUCCCACGCCGAUGUGCAGACAGAAUGUCAUCAACAGGACUGUUUGAAAAUUUGCCUUGUCGUUGUCGAGGGGGACAGGAUAUCUACCAAUCGAAUAGCAGCAUAUCAUCGAGUGGCAGUCACAGCUCACUACACGGCAGCCUAGAACUCAUUCAGGGACAAGAGCAGGUAGAAGAGGGGUUUGGACAUCUAGCUACACCGUCUCCGAGUGGCUGGAUCUGGUGCACACAGCCUCCUUAGAAAGCAGUCUUUGACUUGACUACAUUGUCACAGCACACUAAGUGUUCAUUGAUCAUCCUGCACAGCAGAAAUUCUCAGGACUACGACUGUCACCGUCAUGGCGAUAUUUGUCUACACUUAGUCCCACCUAGUAUUAUGAGGGUUUAGUGCCUUACACAGAAGAAAUCCCGAAUAUCAUGUGAUUCAUGCCAUAACUACCUGAACAUGGUUAUUAUAGUAUCUUGUUUCUUAUUUUUGUCACAUUCUUUUCAUACAGAGCAUAAAAGGAAUUGUUUGACAGAUGUAAAUAUUACGAUUGUCAAUGUUAGUAUAUUAGGGUAUUUGUUCAACUUUAUCAUUGUCUCCUGCAUGUUAGUUACGGAAUUCACAAAUUUUGAAAUAAUUUUAUAAAUAUUGUACUUCUAGAGUUUGUUAAUUAGGACUGAAACACCUCCCAAUCAGGAAGUAGUCCAUUACUGUUAUCAUUGUCUAGAUUGUUAAAGUUCUUUUAGUUUAAAAACAGAAAUUUAAGUGUUGCUCAGGUGAAAUUUGUUAUAUCUGUAAUCAGAAUUGGAAACAGGUACAUACCUCAGCUUAUAUCAUCUCUUAGUUUGGAGCAAAUGUUUAGUGGUUGCCUGUAGAUAAUUGUAGAUAAUUAUUACAUUAAAGUUUCUAAAUGCUUUCAUGGACAAAAACACUUUAUUAAUGUGAUACUAAAUAGGAGAACACAAACACAUAACAAACAUGUUUCUGAUAGACUCUACAUUUUAUGUGGUUUGGCCUUAUUUGUUUGAUCUUAUAUACAAUUCCUUAUGAUAUCACAAUACAAUACAGUUCUUACAUACCAUUUACCAUCAUACACUGUUUAUAUUGAAUUCUCAACUUUGGGAGUUUCUUGAUUAUCUGAACCUGACUCAAUGAAGAAGCGAAAAAUUUCCUUAUUCACAGCUUCACAUGCACUGGUGCACACUGUUAUCAUAGCAUGUAGUGUGUCAACAGUAACACUUUGUUUAGAUUCAUUUUACAACCAAUUCACAGUCAAGGUCAAAAUGACAAAGGGACCAACAUUUUUAUUGAGAAUUACAAUGUAUGGACAGAUAUAGUCAAUUAAAAAAAAAAAAAUCAGUUUAGAAACAUAUAAAUAUAUAUAGUGUUAGGGUUAAUUCUUGUUCACUCGUUAUUACACAGUAGAAAUAGAAUAGUUUGAAAUAAUUCAUUAACUUGGUCUUAAUAUUUAAAGUACAGAAAGUAACUUGUAGUGCCAAUGAUAUUUUCAUAAGAGGGAAAAUGUGGUGAAAUGUAAAAUUAACAGAACACUCUAUGAAGAGAAGCUGUUUCAUUUUAUAACCUAGAUGUAUCAGAUUUUAAAUAUGUUUUUGCAAAAAUAUCACAUUAUAAUUAGAUAUAGCUCUCUUAUUUAGAUACAUUCAGGUCUGUUGUUUUAUACCAAGUCAAUAUAAGAUAAGCUGGCAAUAAAAAAUGUGAUCAAAGUACAGAAAGGGUGUUGAUGUCAAAGUGCACAAUAGAAAACAAAUUAGAUUACAUAGCCAGAUUCAUGGAACAUGAUAAAAUGGAAAUAUUUAUAUAAACAAUGUGACGUCAAUUCAGUCAGGUAAAAUCGCUGUUACAUGUAUGUGCUAAUGUUUGUACAUAUAGAUUGAAAAGCUUCUGGUCCUCUAAUAUCUGACUAUUACGGAUGACGGGGCCAAUAUCAGGCUAACCUGAUAAAAUCAGAUGAGUUUGUGACACUGAAAACACCAAUCGUUCUAUAAUAUAUUUACCUAACUGAAAAGGGAUGUUUUCACAUUGUCUUAGAUAUAAGGAUUGAAACCCUUUAGAAUGAUUGUUGUAAUUUUGAAUUUAGUAUUUCUGAUUAUUACUAUUAAGAGGUGACAUCCUGGAUAAUUCAGAAACUAUGUUUUAGAUUAUGUAGUUGUAAUAAAUGGUAAAAUUUUUAUCUAAGAUGUUAUAACUGUUGUUCCAAUGUCACUCUGUACAAAAUACUUUCAUAGAUUCGAAGGAUAAGGGAAGAUAAUCCAACCACAGGAGAGAUCCCAUAACCAAAUUUAAUGUAGAAUUAGUAGUAUUAGAUGUAAUUCAAAAUGUUCAGAAUUGUUCAUGAACUUCAGGAUCAGCUUUUGUAUAUUUCCAUGAAAAAAAUUCAGGAUAAUUUGAACUUGAUAUUGAAGAUUUUAUGAUUUUUGUUGUUGGGAUAUAAUAUUUGUGAUUUCAUUAGUGACGGAGUUCUAAGAAUGAAGUUGUAUCAAUAGAUAUAUGUAUUGGUAACAACUCUGAAACAAGUUUGCUGAUGUAGGUGUAUAACCUAUCCUCUUAGCUACCUUGCUAAGGGUCUGCUUUAGAAAAUGCAAUGCCUUGUCAUGAUCUCCUAUUCAGGGGCUUUUAAAGGGAGAUAAUGCAUAUGUUCGUCUAUAAUACUCACUAUGCAUUGAUACCAUAUCAGAAAGGCAUUAUUGAAUAUAAGUUUGUCACUUUAUCCAGAAGUAUAUAAAUUGCAGUACAGAUUUGUUUUAUAUUGUGGUUGUUAGAUUGUUAAUGAAAAAUAAAAUCAGCACAUGUUAGAAACAUAAGUGUAAAGUAACGAUAGUUUCUUUGGCCAACUGUGUUAUUUCUUUGUUUUGUUGUAUUUUUUAUUCUUUGAUCAUAUCAUUAUUUGUUGCAAAAGGUACAGAAAAAAAAAAGAAAUAAAUUUCAAUUUUUCAAAUGUUAACAUCUAAGUUAAUAAGUAUUCUGUCAGACAUUUUUAUAUGGCUAAUUGACAGGAUGUGAAUAUUAAUUACAAUAUUGGAGUCAAUAUUUGAUAUAAUAUGUUUUUGUAUUGAUCAUGUAUGUUUUGUAUUAGUGAUACUUGUUUUGUAAAUCCUUACCUUUGGUAUAUGUGCAAUUUGAUUACUUAUCUAAAAUGUUUAGAAAGUAAAGUUUUCAAGUGCAAACUUCACUCUAGUCAGUCAUUUUUAAAUGCAUUUUUUACAAAAAUCAUAUGUGGAAGCAAAGUGAAUUUGUUCCUUACGUGAUCAGCUUCAUGACUUUUGUCUUAAAAAUAUCAAUUUAUUAUUUGAAAAUUAUAGCAAUGUAAAAUUUUGCAACGUCAAAAGAAUUUGUAAAGAUAAAUUGUAUGUAUGAUUAUUAAUUUUGUAGGUGGCAGUAACUUGUUCAUUCUUGAUAAAUUUUAAAUUCUUUAAAGUACAUCAAUGCAAUAUCGAAGUAGGCAUCUUCAGUCAUGUUUGUAUGUACAUUUAUUUAUUUCAGUUAAUAUUUGAAUAAUUUAUUUAUACAAUUUAGAACUUUUGUUUUUAUUUCUGGUCAUACAUAUAUAAGACUAUUCCCUCCUAUUGUGUAUGGAUGAGAUAUCACCUGUAUGAGACCGUUUCCAGUGUUAUCUGGUAGAAGUGAUUUUGUGUUUUAUGUAGGAGGAGUUGUUGAGAAAUAUUAAUAUGUAUAUUGUGAAAAGUUGUGAUUUUCUAUUCUAGCACUGUCCUAUUAUCAUUGAACCACUUAGCAGAAAAGUAUAGAAUAUCUCAUUAGAUUUUCCCAUUUAUAUAUGAAAUACAAAGUUACCAUACCAUGAUGUCUUGUCAUAUUUAACAUUACAAAACAUUUCUUGUUAGUUUUUUCAUCUCUCUUGAAUAAAAUCAUCUGAUGCUUGGGACCAAUAUGGUGUCACCACAUUAUUUCAAUUUGAAAUAUAAAUUAGAGGUACAGUCCUUUCCGUUCUGACUUACUUACAGCCUAAGUCUUGUGAAAUUAAUCAGUGCACAUCCAUUUUAAAACACAAAGUUCUGUGUGUGUGUUGUACGGGUAAAUAUGUCCAGCAAUGGUUUAUACCAUCAUGGUAUGGUAAACUUAUUUCUUUUCUCAUGAGACUUGGCUUGAUGGAGGAUUUUGUUUGCUGUAAAUUUUUAGAAAAAAAUGUUGAUCACGCUGCAAAAGUUAAGUUUUCAUCAGUGUAAAAUUUCAGGUAAAUUAAUGAUUUCAUAUUGAAGAUAAAACUACUGUAAACAAUCUGUCUUUCUGGUGAGGUUUAUUUCUCGUGGCUUUCAUGUUGAAAUUUAAUUGAUGCAUGUUAAUAGUGGCCAAUUAAUACGAGGAUGAUAAACAAUAAUAAUAAUGGUAGCAUAAUAGAGUCUGUUUUUUUUUUAAAGUAAAUAGUUGCAAAAUGGUUGUAAUGCGAUGCUGAUAUCAUGAAAGUUUGUUGUCAAAAAAGAAAGAUGGCUUACAAUGUAAAGGAUCUGAUUAAGAGGUAAGCCCAAUCUUCUUCUUGCGGUAUAUUGUUGUAAAAGUUGUGAACUACAGUAGUAGGGAUAAUUAUUUGAAAGAGAUGUAAACUUUCACCUGGGUGUAAUAAAUAAAGUGUAAGUAUUAUCAUGAUUUCUACAGCAAACAAAAUCUCCAUUUACCAAGUUUGUUCAUCUAUUUUGCUGUGAUUUUGUAAAUUUUAGAGUUUAUAUCAACUAUAUAUAUAUCCCUAAUGUUAUUUGUACAUUAUCCAUAUUAUUAUGACAAAGUUCAUCA